UGCAAAUUUUUAGUGCAUAAAAAUUCAUGGAACAAUUUUGUCGCAAGAAUAAUUUCUAUCUGCUGCGUGAAUUUUCAUGUUACAUGUUCUUUCUUUUUCAAGAAAAAUGUAAAUGAACGAGCUAAAAUAAAAUGUGCCCACGCGUCAAGGUUUCACUGCGAUUGUGACGUUUCCAUUGUACCUCAGACAAGUGCAUCAGCGUCCUGCCACAGGCCAGCUCUUACUUGCACGGAAUUACAGAAUUCAGCGUGUAAUCGGCAGAAUCAAAAAAGAAGGAAAGAAAUGCAAUAGUCCACUUUGUUUAGUUAAAAAAAUAAACAGCUAAAGUUUCAUCACUGACAUGACGCAAAAAAAAAAUUUUAUGGGAAGUCUACAAAUGUCACUUUCAUUUGUGACCAUUUAUGAACGAUCUUACGCAAAGGUCUCCUUUUGUCCUCCGUUUUGCACUGAUUCAAAACAAGUCCUACGAGAAUCUGCACGUUCCGACAAGCAAUUGCAUUGAAAGAAUGUUUCUCUAAAAAGGGAGUAUAUGAUUCUACAUAACUUAUUGGGAAAGGUGCUACAGUAGCCGCAGAGAGCGAGCUCCCCCCCCUCAGAAAAAGACAGAUAUGGCAGAUCCAUUUUUUCAGGAAAGGACACUGCAUUUUAAGUUCUAAUUAGCUCAACUUUUUUUCUUUCUCCCGUUCUAAAAAUCGGCAUAAAACGUAAAAAAGUAAAAAGGUUAAUAGUAAAAUGUGCCCAAAAUGUGCCACUUUUAGACGCUCGGAGGACACUAAGGACAGCAAGUCUCAAAAUUUAGCCAGAUGAACAUGUCUCAAUAUGGCCAGUUAGUGCUUAAUGGUGCUGAGAGAAAACUUUGUCCACUUCGGAUAAACUCCUAUGUUUCAGUUGUGCUUGGUUUAAUUUUUUUUUUUUCAGAGAACAAAACACGAGAAGCUUUGGACACAGCAACUCGAUGUACAUUUGAAGAAGGAAGCAUGUGUGGCUGGGAUCCAAGUGGAGGCACGCUUACGUGGACGCUCAAUGAUCCCGCCAAGAAAGUUCCAGCCUUUCCGCGCUCUGACCACACCCUGGGGGCUUACAGAGGACAUUUUAUUUACGUGUCCAAUGACAGAGACAAGUGGCAUGGCACUGGAUCCCUGAGAAGCCCGGAUUUGAACGUCGAUGCCACCAAUGGAGCCUGCUUGAGCUUUUGGCAUUUCACUGACCACGAACGACGUGCCAACGGAGAUGUGCGUUCAAGUGGAGAGCGCUUGUACAGCUUUAUGACCAGAACAAACCACAAAUGGAACCACGUUCUCGUCGAUUUCACGAGAAGCUCGGAUACAUAUCAGUUGGACAUUCAAGUGCAUAUGGACAAAGGGCUGAUUGCACUCGAUGACUUGGAAGUUAUGCCUGGACGAUGUCCCGCUAGAGAUUUCUGCUCCUUUGAGCAAGGCUACCCGUGUAACUUCCGCCAAAGUGCUGGAAACUUCGCCUCCUGGUCCCUCACAACUGCACAGUCGAUCGGAAUCCCUGACCACACUGUCAAAACUCUUAAAGGCCAAUACCUGUACGUGAACGUAACGGGAGUAGAUUCGCACCACCCAAUCUCCAGAGUGUUCAUGGCUGCCCGGCAGCCCACUCAAGCUACCUGCGUCACGUUUUGGUGGAGAGGACGUGGAGUAGCAAGCCAGCUGAAUGUCUACAGUUUUACCAAAGAAACGGCGAUGAGGGACCCACUACUUUCCGUCAGCACCGAGGUGACAGGGGAUUGGUGGAACGUGCGUACGAUCACCGUCACAUCCCGAAGCAGAUGGAACCUGGUAUUUGAAGUGGUGGCCGCAUUGGGAGUGGAGCAUGACUCUGGGGUCAUGCUUGAUGACGUCGAGUUCAGCGAUGGAGAAUGCGAACCUUACAACUACUGCUCGUUUGAACAAGAUUGUCUGCCCUGGCGAGUGGCAAACACAGAUGAUGACGCAAAGUUCGAAGUAGAAAGAGCUGGAUCUUUCGUCUCCCUUCCACAAGAUCAUACGACCCAGUCUGAUGAUGGCUACUUUCUGCUCUACAAAAGUCCCGGCAUCAUCGGCAACCAAUCGUCCUUGAUGCUUCGUGAGCCUUCGCGCUACACAUGCAUCUCAAUGUGGUACUAUCUGCCCGUAUUGGAGAAUGGCGUGCGGCUGUUCCUCGACGAGCUAGAAAUGAAUACAACGAAUGGAACCUGGAAGCGUUGGCAGCUGCAGUUGGCAAGCAGCUCGGUCAUCACAGCUCUGUCAGGAAGCAACAACAACGGAUUCGUGGCUAUUGAUGACCUGUUAGUCAGUGAGAUGCCUUGCGACGAGACGGCUCGAUCGACACGGAUGUUCCGCUGCGGCAACAACCAGCUGGUGCCAGUGCAACAAGUAUGCGACUUCGUUUCUGACUGUAACAACGGCGCUGACGAACGUGACUGUGGUGACUGUGACUUAUCCAAAAGCACGUGCGGUUGGAAUAUCAAAGGCCUCGCGAACCGCGACACGAUGGCCUGGCAUCGCACGCCCAUAGGAAGUGUGCCUAGGUCGCCAUCUACGGGAUCCGAUGAAAGGCGAGGCGGCCACUACCUUCUAUUGUAUUCGAAUUCAACCUUUCAGAUUUCUGCGAAUGCCAGAAUCAAUUCUCCCAUCAUAAGGAACACUGACAAGUUAUGUACCAUGCAGUUUUGGUACAAUUACGCCGAAGUGGCAAUACAUGCGGAUGUCGUGCUCACCCUGAAUGUUGGUGGCUACACAAUGCCUGUGUGGACCCUCCGCAUGCUUGGAGCACCGCACCGUGCCGGAGUCUGGAAUAGAGCAAUCUUGAACAUCGGGCGCUACAGAACGGCUAUCAGCUUCUCCUUCGAAAGCAGGCGCUACGCUCCAGAAGACGCCAUGUUUGCUGUCGACAUGAUAAGUUAUUAUGGAUGCGCACUACCAGCCAAGACAAACAACUGCACCGACUCUGAAUUUCGUUGUUCCAAUGGAGCAUGCAUACAUAAAUCGGAUCUAUGCAACUAUGUUGAUGACUGCGGGGAUAACAGCGAUGAAUCAAAGUGCGAUGACUAUCGACUUCGGUGCAACUUCGACAUUUCGUUCUGUGACUGGACGCCAGAUGCUCCAUUAGAUAAAACCCACAACAAUUGGGUUUUGAUGCAUCCAACGGCAACUUUGUCACAUUCUCCAACGCGAGAUCACACAACAGGCACCCGUGACGGGAAAUUCAUCAUUCUGCAAUCAAAUUCAAAGGUAACAAAAUCUACCAUCUUGGGUCCUACACUGAAUGCUGCUGGAAACUGUUCGAUAAAGUUCUUUUUCACCCUCCGUGGAUGGAGUAAGCCGAAGCUGACACUCAAUGUCCAAAGUACCAAGGACGGACCUUUGAAACCUGUAUGGUCCGCAAUCGGACCAUCGCAGUUUUCUCACUUCACUGCGGCUAGCGUGCACUUCACCGAGACCGUCCCGUAUCAGGUUACUUUUACCGGAGAACACCAAGCGCCUGGACACCAAGGCUACAUAGCCAUCGACGACGUGACAUUUUCGGAAAGCUGCAAGAUGUAUGAUGAAGAGUUGCCAGCGUCACCUACGACAACACCGCGACCGUAUACCUGUGGAGAUCAGGAAUUCCAGUGCGGCACUACCACACAGUGCAUUCCAUCGACUCAAGUGUGCGACUUCAACCCUGAUUGCUCAAAUGGAGCUGACGAGGCGCGGUGUGGUUUCUGCGAGUUUUCGAAGGACUUGUGUGGCUUGGAGAACUUGGAUGCGAGCGCGCGCCUUGGUUGGAACUGGACGACUGUGGACUACGGCAAGCGCAAGAAAUACUUUCCAAAUGUCGACCGAAAUUACGGCACAGAUGGCGCAUAUGCCGCUUACUCGUUACUCAACAGGGACGCACCCCGGGGAGCAGCGAAUGCGAUGAUGACGCCGCGGCUUGGUCAGAUCGCUCGUUCCUGUGUAGUAACUUUUUACGUCUACCUUCCUGAACGACCCGGCGUAGAUGCACAGCUUACCUUUGGUGUAUAUCCCCCAUCGUCCACAAGACCAGAUGCAAGAGUUGCCCACCGCCUUACGGUGGUUGCAGGAAAACACAUAGGAGGAAGAUGGAUACGUCGGGUUGUGAAGACAGGAAGUUGGAAUGCAGGAGCAAGGUUCUUUUACGAGACUAGCGUUCUUGGUGUGAGUAUCGACAGCCCAAGCUACUUCUACUGCCAUCCAGACACCCGAAGUGAAGCCUGGGAGGAUAUUCGCCCCAUCACGUGCGACUUCUCCAAGCUUAGCGAGUGUGGCUGGUUUCCCGAGGCGUCGCUAGAGAAUCUAGAUUGGGUACUUUAUUCCGGCAACUCGGGAAACUUGAAGCUCAAGUGGCAGCCCCAAGAUAGUGCAUCAGACAAUGGUGCCUAUAUGUAUGCCCGGAACACAGAGCCUUCGGAAAAAGUUGCACGGCUUGUCUCCGCCCGGAUGAACUCAACUUCUGACGAGGGGCGCUGUUUCACCUUCUGGUACAACAUGUGGCAUCCAAAUAGUGGCCAGCUGAACCUUCUCCAACGCGUUGACAACGUUUCAACAAGCCUUCUAUGGACCCGGUCUGGGCCGCAAGGCAAGGCAUGGCAGCUGGGAACGGUGCAAGUGCAUUCUGAGGACCAGUACCGAUUUAUUUUCGAGGCUGUGUUGCCACCCCAUAUCCCCGGAAUUAUCGCAAUCGACCACUUCGUGCUCGAGGAUGGAAACUGUGACGGUAGCAAAGUGUGCACAUUCGAGUCCGGCAAUUGUGGUUGGCAGCUGCACAAUUGGGAAGUCACAAAGGGCAGCAGUGCAAUGUUGCCUCCGUCAGAUCACGGCAGCCUGGCACCGUCCGGGAGCUUUGCGUUGGUAAAGCCACCGGGCGGCCGACUGGUGAGUCCACAGGGGUUCUACGACCUCUCACAGCACAAGUGUCUCCGAUUCUGGUUCUUCAUCGCCGGUAGGACGGUGCAAACACUUAACGUCACUCGGGUAGGCGAAGACCAGCAAGGGCACUCUCUCUGGUACGCAAGCAAGUCGCAUGCUCCGUUGGAUCAGUGGUACUCGGCCGCGGUUGACUUGACCAGCCUCCAAGGAGACGCAGAGCUCGUGUUCGAAGGGACAACGUCUGAUGACCCGGACACUGCUGUUGCCGUAGACGACAUCAGUCUAGGCGAGACUGCGUGUCCCCCGCCCGGCAGCUGCUCCUUCGAGGCGGACAUGUGCAACUGGCAGAACGUACAGAGCCCCAAAUACGCGCUUUGGUACAGGAACCAAGGCCCCACGGUCACAGUCAGCAGUGGCCUCAAGAAGGACCACACUCUCGGAACAGAGGAAGGGUAUUACCUCCUUCUGGACUCUGCAGAUCUUUCUGAAAGCGGGAUUGGCAUUAUUGAAAGCCAAACACUUACCCUCGGUCCGAUCGCCUGCAUCAAGCUCUACUAUUACAUAAAGCAAAAUACAAACACGACACUGAGUGUCGCGUUCGCUGACCCACAUGGAUCAGUGAUGGGAUCAUCGACAACUGUGAGUGCCACCGCUCCAAGCGAGUGGACGCUGCUGUCGGUAGAAAGCAGCAGCCUUCCCGCUUGUUUCUCGGUUCUCAUCAGUGGCAAAACAGGGUUCUUCUCCAGUGACCUUGCCAUAGACGAUAUUGAAGUAAGCGAAGGCCACUGCGACAACAUCCCGGAUGUCACAAAAGUGCCGGAACCUGGAACGAGUGCGUCAUCAAUCACUUCUACUGCACUUCCAAGCGAACUGACAACGCUUGCACCUGUGACUUCAACAACAGGCCAAUCAUUGGUUACGAGCGAUGCUCUCACGUCAGCGCCCCCUGCAAGCACAGCGCCUGCUCCUUCUUCACCGAAGCCACGCUUGCAGUGUCACAGCGGAGAGUUCGACUGUCGCGACGGCGCUACGUGCAUUCCUGGCGUGCUCGUCUGCGACGGUGUCCCGGACUGCCCGAACGGGUUGGACGAAAAGUGUGGGCGGCCGAACAUUUGCACACCACAGGAGUUUCUUUGUAUGACCCGGUCGCCCUUCGACUGUCUUCCCCGCACGUUGCUUUGUGAUGGAAAAGAAGACUGCUUCGGAGGAUCGGAUGAAGCGCUCUGCAACGUGUGUCCGCACUUCCUAUGUCUAAAUGAUGGUCUCUGCGGAGUUUCAAUACGGCAACGUUAUCCAGUCUGCGACUGUUCCCAUGGCUACGAAGGUCAUCGUUGUGAGUCGUUAAUCCAAAGUACUUCAAAGGAGCACCUACAGACAAGCAAAGCACACACCACAGGUCCCAUUGUUGCAGGCGUCCUCGUCUCAUUUGCGGCUAUUUCAAUUGCCGCAGUUGUAGUAGUUGUCAUGCUCAGAAGACGACGUGUAGCCCGUUCCAGAAACCCUCUUAUAACACUGGACAACCCGACUUUUUAUGCCUUUUCCGAUUAAAAACGUACUGUGACUGCAAUAUCCUAGAACCUAUACCAAAUCAAGAAGGUUUGGCCAUCGUCUUCUACUAUCACAUGAAAGACCCUGCUUCUACUGCCGUAUCCUGCAUUAAAUAUAUUUCUAAUAA